UAGGCCUAGGUGUGGAAGAGGUGGAGCAGGUAGGCCUACAUGUGGAUAGUACAAAAACAGGUGGACUAUCUGGAAGGCAUAGCACAAGUAGUGGACAGUGUAAAUGAGGUGAAUGAGGAGAGAAGACUAAAAAGAGGAAGAGAGGAGAGAAUGAGAGGUAAGGGAGGAGGACGGCGUAGGGUAAAGGCGUAAGAACGAAAAGAAGAACUUUUAAAAAGGUGGAUAACAUGACAGGAUUCGAAGACGAGGACGAGCAGGAAGGCAGAGAACAGGUGGAACAGGUGGAACAGGUGGAAGAGGCCGGAUCUGUCACAACAUCUGUUCCACACCACAAGUCCCGUUACUUUGGCCUCUUCCUGUGUUAAUUUCCCGUCUUCGUCGCCUUCCCUCUUUUCUUCUCGUUCUUCCUUCUCUCUUCUCCCUCUCUUUCUCACAUACGCGGAGAGAGGAAACAUAUAACUGAACUAAUGACAAUGCUUAAAAAAAAAGAAGGAAUUAAUCUCACUAAACCAAAACACAACAGAUUUUCCUUCAACACACUCCUCUACACAACCCGAUGACACACAUAUUUUUCCUUUUCGUUAUCGGCCUUACCCCACUCAUCUUUACCUUCAGAUUCUCCAGCUGGCCAGAAGUAGAACGUGCAAGGGACAAGAAUCAGUCCCAAGAAGCAGCUCAAGAGGAACUGGCCCAAGCGCGGACAGAGACGGCCAAGAUGAAGGAGGCCGCAGCUCAGCUAGAGGGCAUGAUAGCUGCGAGACAGGCGCUGUCGGACGAACUGGAGGCGCAGCUGGAGGAGAAGAGACGGGCUAAUGAAGGAUUGCAGUCAGGAUGUCAUGUGAUUUUGAAUCAGCUGUGGCAGGAACAGGAAAUGAAUGAUAUCUUGGAAGAAGAGAUCGAGGCGCGGACGGAGGCGCUGGUGGAGGCGACGGCGGAUUUCGUGUUCAAGGUCCGCCUCAACGACCCCCAAGUUCCGCGUCGCUACUCGGCUCUCCAGCAGGAGCUCCGCCACUUGGACCUUGAGGCUACUAGGCUCAUGUGUGAAAUCAAAGUACGUGAAGACAAUGAGCAUGAAGUGGAAACCUUGCGAUCAGUGAAGAAGGAACAUGAGGAGGAGUGGGCCAAGCUCGAGUCCCACUUGGCCGAGAGAGAGAAUAUCCUUCGCAUGCAGCUCGAAGAGGCCAAGAGUGAGAGGGAGAAGUUGAUGGAACCCGAGAAUGACCCUAGGAUUCAGAGGAUGAAAUUGGAGCUGAGUAGUUUACGUGAAGAACAAGACUAUCUCAAAUCAGCUUUGAUCUCCAUGAAGCAGGAACACGAGACACUGAAAUGCAGACCCAGGGAAGAAAGGCCUUACCAGCCUGGAAAUGUUUUGAGCUCUUCUCGUAGGGGGAGCUCCUAUCACCAGAACAAUCAGAGCUUCAGUAGGAGUGACAAACAUUCAUCUACUUCAAGACUUUACAGCAGAAGAGAUGAGAGAUGGACAGUGUCAGCUGAAGACAGUAGGGUAACAGGCUGGACACAGCAGGGAGACAACCCAGAAGAUCAUAGGGUAGUUGCUUCGAACAGUGGUUGGAAAGGGACCUCAGAUGGCAAACAAGGGGAGUCAUCUUCCUCAAACUGUGACAGCUGGAAUAGAGGCAAGCAAGGGUAUGGCAAGGUCUGUGGGAGAGGAAAGUCCACUCAAGAUAGAAAUUGGCCUUUCGAUAAAAGUGGGCCCACGUCAUCCAGAUCUCGAGUUAAACCUUCCACUCCUCGUACUUUUACCAGGAAUCCCCCUCCACUUACUCCGCAGCCUCAGACAAAUAUAUCUUCAAACCUGCCUCUCCACAUGUUGGGACAUUUCAGUAUUAUUGGGAAAGUAAAUCAAGAUAACCGGGAAGAAUGCAAUUCAAGAGAAGAUCCACAUAAGACAACCAAAGACAGUUCCGAACUUGUCGAUAACUCUUUUGGAUCAAACACUUCUGAGACCAAGGAAACAAACUUAGGCAUUGAUUCUCCUGCCUAUGUUCCCACUGAUGUUCAAAACUGUGCUUCCAGUAGCCAGCCAGAAACUACUAACAUUGAGGAGAUAACUAAAACAAAGCCUCAGGUUUAUGAGGAGAAUGCCAACUUUUCAGAUGCAGAACAGAUUCCAUUAUUAGUCUCUGAUGAGGGAUCAGCCUGGGUUGCAGCUCCUGAAAUGAGUUCAGAUGCUUAUAACGCCGCUCCCAGGUGGGCCUCCACAUCCUCUAGCAACCAGCCUCGUGCAGAAAAAAGAGAUUCUUACAGCUCCCAAAAUCAGAGAGGUAAGCUCCACUUCAAGUAUCAAAAGAAGACUGUGUUGUGUAUGGAAAACCCAGACCAUAAGAGGAUGAAAGAGUCAAAAAAAAGGUACAGUUUUCAUCAUACCUCAGCAUCCUCACAGAGAGGAUACCAGAAUUACUGUGAUGAUCCUCCAGCUUCUGAAAAUUUAGCUGACAACAACCAUACUUACCAAGAUCCCUCCUCCAGUGGAGAUGUUCCUCCAGCUAUGGACCCUUUUGAUAACCAGUUCUCAUGGAGCGACUUAAAGAAUCUUGAGCACUUCAGCUAAGAAUACUAACAGCCAGUAUCUUUUUUUAUUUUUCUUCCUCAUCGCUUCUAUUGGGAUGUAUGGAAUAUUUGCCUUCCCUACUUCUCACUCUAACUUUCCC